AUGCAAACUCUUCGAUGCCUUCGUCAUGCGGUUGUGGGCCCAGGUUCAUCGCGUCUUGGCUUUGCUUCCAGGAGCAUCACUGGGGCAACACCUCCUUCCACGCCAUGGUUCAUUGAUACUGAAGGUCCAGUCACUAGGCAUACUCCACCUCACCUUGCUCCAAAAACCCACGAGCUCCCAGAAAACACCUCUGCCGGGAUAAGGCAACUAUUUGCGCAGCUCAGUAAAUCUCCGUUGCUAGAGUUAUCGACUUUAACUGUCGAACGUCCUGUCGCCGCUCUUCCUGGCCCUCCAUUACCUCGGACGUUACCCAAGGGCCGCCGGAAACGCGGGCGCACGUACUCCGGUGAAGGUCUUGCGGAAGAGCCUGGAGGUAUAUGGGACUGGGUAGUCACUGCUCAAGUGAAAGAAGGCACCGAAAACCGAGGAUCGAUAGAAGCUGUCGUACGUCAAGUGCGAAAGACUCUGUUGUCUAUGGACCCACCGCUACCCCUUCCGCCCAAUUCUAAGCGGAGAAUGCUCAACGGGUGGGCUAUGAUUGAUGCAGGCAAUUUUGCAGUCCAUAUACUAAGCCGUGAUGCGCGGCGGAAAUAUUUUGAAAGACCAGCUGCUGAGUGGUAG